UCAAACAUUUCUGCUUGGUUAUGGAGCGCGUGUUGAUUGAGUCUGUGCCGGUGACAUACGUAAAGGUUUUUGUGCAUGUACUAGGUAUUGUGCCUGGUAAAAGUGUGCAACUUGACAUGAAAACUUCAGAAUUUACUAGUAGGGCCCUUGUUUUAGAGCGUUUCUAAGUUCUCACACAGCCGGUUGCACCAGACAUUUGCCGUAUUAGGAAACUGGUUCGCGUUACUCUUUGGCAGUUAUUACGUGUUCUCCGAAAACUUCAGUUAUCUGUUCAUAAUGGAUGCCUUGCGAGCAAUGGGUAUUGCAGUCAGUGUAGGACCCAGAAUCCAUCAAACCCUUACAGAUUUAUCGGAAAUUCUGGAAGGGAGAAAUGCUUUCGGACGGGUUCGGGUCAGGAAUACCGAUGCCAUCCGGAUGUCACAUGAAACAGCCAUGGCUGAUAUGGAACGGAGACUCGAAGCCAGCUCAGCCCGCAAUCGACGGGAGCACGAAAUGGAAAUGAAUGGACUACGUCAUUCUGCAUCAGCUGAUCGGGAGCGCCUAGAACGGAAAUUUCAGCGCGACCAGGAAGUAAUGCAGCGGAAAUGGGCGGCUGAGCGACAGCGUUACGACGAACGUGUCAACAAUCUGAUAAAAAAUAUACAGCAGGCUGAGCAACGAGCGCAAACAAUAGCCGCGCAAAUCGAGAGGCCCGCGCGGGAUCGUGCACGAAAAGUGGCUUUCGUUAACGGGCUGAACUUGUGUAUUCGGCAAACGGACUCGCUUUUGCUGGUGGGAGCCAAAGGAACCGGAAAGAGCACGUUCUUGUGGUUGCUUAAUAAAGGCGACCAACCAAAACGGACAACAAGUGACGGCACCGGCGAGAUUAUUCAUUUAGAAGGAUAUGUUGAUUCCAUUGGGCUGCGUGGUUGGACGCCGGAAGAACUGUGGAAACUGUUUGUUCUUCUGAUUUAUCACGGGAUGCCGAAAGAUAUCAUUGUCUUCAGCAACGACCGCGUUGAUUUGCCGGUCACCACCCUCGGUCUGCUGGGCAUCACCAAUCCCAUGUUUGUCAUCAUGUCCAGUGAUUUUUGGAGAAAUCACCAGUCACCCGUGGGUGGGCGCCCAAGAAUCGAAUUAGUCGAAGACUGCCGCGGUGUGCGCCGAGUCUUUCCUGAGUCCGAUCUGGAACACGUUUACAAUUUGCCGGUCUACCGUGACAUCGAAGAGUAUCAUCUAGGGACUCCGAUUACACACCAUACUGAUAUCGAGGAGCUGGUUCGGAAGCGGGCGGAUAUUGGAGUUCAGCCGUUCCGAUUCCUAAUGGACAAACUGGGAAGUCGCUUUCACUUGGAUAAUGAGAAUGAUCACCACUUGGAAGCCAUAUUUCGCUUCAUCUGGAUAUACGAGAAACAGUACCAACGAGAUGCGCUCGGCUUCAUGAAUAAUGCAUCGCUUCAAGAUUUCGCCGAUGAAGCUGACUUCGACGCACCCUCCAGCGAAACCCACAUCACUCACGAGAGAAUCGCGUCAGUCCGUCACAGCAACGCAGACAUCUCAACGCACGGACAAAAUGUCACAGUUCAUCGGCAAGUUACCUGCGAUGUCUGUCGAAGCACCCCGAUUACCGGUAUCCGUUUCAAAUGUCUGACGUGUCCUGACUAUGAUUUGUGUGAGACGUGCCUAGCUAGAAACCAUCGCCAACAUGACUUCUUUGCUAUUCGUAAACCCCGAGCCGCACUGUCCGCCAAAUGCCGGAUGGUGUACGCAAAAUUCCGUGCUAACGGAUCAGUGGGACUGUUGGAGCCGGUACGGAUGGAGAUGACCAGUCAUCCGUCCGUUCGCUGCGACGUCUGCGACGAAAAUCCCAUUGUGGGCAUGCGUUUCAAAUGCCUUGUAUGCCACAACUACGAUUUAUGCGCAACUUGUUUUACCAAUCACCAGCAUCCUGAACACGACUUUUUGGUCAUCCAGUCACCACACCGAGAGAGGAAACUAUCAACCUCUGGAGGAAGGUGUACGCAUUCGAGAUUUCAGAACCAGGCUCGCGUGACGAAAACGGCACGGACACUAGUGAUGACGAUGACACUGACUAAGGCGAAGGGAUUAUCAGCAUUUUGUCGCUCGCGCAACUACGUCUGCUGUAACACUUUUCGCAAUAAACGUAAAGGAAAAGGAUUUACCGUAAAUGCACAGCAGCAACAUUCCAGCGAUUUUUUUGGAAGUUAUGCAUCUGAGUUCUGGUUUGAUCAAGAAAAUUAUCUGUAGUGUACAGUUAGUGUCACUCGAAAAUGGUAAGAUGUAUGUACCCCAUGUCUGUUUCCCUGUCUUAGCUAAAAGAAGGCGCUGCCUCGUAGCGAAGGACAAUA